GAUCACGAAGAAGCAAAAACCGGAGUCCUCACUCUCUUUCUCUCUCUAAAUCCACCUGAGAUAUAUGCAGAAGAAAAAAGUGAGUAGAGAGAGAGAGUGAGAGGGAGGGAGUGUGUGUUUGAAGCAUAUAACAAAUCUCUAGAUAUCUCGGAGACCCAAAUGUCUGUCUCAAUGGGGAGGAUGGAAUUUGCCGCCGUAUUUCCCGACAAUCCCCGGUUCGAGGCCUCCCGCUUCCUUCUAUAAACAACUCUUCCCUUCCCUUUACUUUCAUUUUUGUUUUUUUGGUGAAGAAGAAGAAGAGUCACUGCUCACUGUUCAGACAGAAGCGCAGAAGCUAAAAGGCCAUCACCACUCACGAACCCAUCUUUCUCCUCUAACUGUGGGGCCUUUAAUCAUGACGACGAACCCUCUGGAGGGCAUGACGGAUGAGUUCUUUGAGCAGAUUCUCGCCAUGCCCGGCUACUCGACCGCCACAGCGGGCAGCGGCUCCGCGGGCACCGCCCCCGACGCCGGCAUGCCGGUGAGCACGGGGAUGGUCCUGCAGAUGGGCCCGGGAGGCGGUUUCCCGGGCAGUAUCUUCCCUCUCGGCCUGAGCCUCGACCAGGGCAAGGGCGGUUUCAUGAAGCCAGAGGAGGCGUCCGGCAGCGGAAAGCGGUUUCGCGACGACGCCGAGGGGAAGUCGCUCCCGCCGGCCGUCAAGUCUACCGCCACCACCGACGAGAGAGAAGCCGCGCAAUCGGUGAACUUGUUCCCGCCGUUCGCGAAUAUUCCUCCCCCGGUUCGUGCCGGCGCCCACCAGUCAGGACAAGGAAUUGCACCAUGCCAGCCUUUUCAUGCUCAGACCGCAACCAGUGCACCUGUGCCACACCCACCAGCAGUACGUCCCAGAGUGCGUGCAAGGCGAGGCCAAGCAACAGAUCCUCAUAGUAUUGCAGAAAGGUUACGCAGGGAAAGAAUUGCUGAAAGGAUGAAGCAGCUGCAGGAGUUGGUACCCAGUUCUAACAAGACGGACAGAGCAGCCAUGCUUGACGAAAUUAUGGACUACGUAAAGUUUCUCAGAUUACAAGUAAAUGUGUUAAGCAUGAGCAGGCUAGGUGGGGCAGGAACUGUUGCGCAACUAGUGGCUGACAUCCCAUCUCCCACUAUCGAGGGAGAAGCAAGUGGAGGUUCAUCCAAGCAACCGCAGCAACAACAAGUUUGGGACAAAUGGUCCGCGGAUGGAACAGAGCGGCAGGUUGCUAAGCUCAUGGAAGAGGAUGUGGGUGCAGCCAUGCAGUUCCUCCAGUCUAAGGACCUCUGCCUCAUGCCCAUCUCACUGGCCAUGGCCAUGUACCACACACACCAGCCAGAUGCACCUGCUACCAGAGUCAAACCAGAACCAAGCACACAAUCAUAGUACUCCCUGCUCCCUUAGCACCUCAUGGCAUGCUGACCACGAGAACCUGCGCCCAUGGUUCAUGAUCAGGGGUUGAUUCUCUGAUUGGGUUAUGGGCUUGGGGUCUCUCUCUCUCUCUCUCUCUCUCUCUAUCCCUGUGGCAAUCUCUUCAAAUAUUAAUGAUACUGUGACUAGAAAAAUCUUAAUAUUCCUUUUACUUUUUUGGUU